AUGUUUACCUUCAACAGUGUGAAAAAUGCUGUAGAGAAGAAAGACCGCUUGCUGUUCUCGGAUUGGCUGAUGUCACUGUCUGUCUCAGUCAGUCAGGAGGCUCUCACUCUGACAGCAGACCUGUCAGAGGCAGACUUUGGUCAGGUCUGCUGCCAGAGCUUUAAAAUCGGCCAUAUUGCAAGUAGGCAACACAGACCAACUUGGACACCCCACUCACCUGUAUUCAAAGGCUCUGCCCAGAGGUAAGCAGUCAGUGCAUGUAUAUGACCUUGCUGUGGAAUUAAUCAGUCAGUGUAUUGGGGGCCAGGGAGAAAUUUGCCUGCAGACAAAGUGGGCCUGUCUGGGUUUUCAUCUCCGCCAAGCUAAGCAGUUGGCUCCUUACCUCUCUCGCCGUUACCUAGUCACUGUGAUCCACAUGACGGUCACCUCCAGACUGGAUUAUUGUAACUCACUCUAUGUGGGGCUACCCUUGAGACUGACCCAGAAACUCCAGCGGAUGCAGAAUGCCGCGGCGAGACUCCUUACGGGGUCCUCGCUGCGGGAUCACAUUCACCCGGUGCUAUACCAGCUGCACUGGCUCCCGGUGGAGUACAGGAUCAGGUUUAAGGAGCUGGUUUUAACCUUUAAAGCCUAUACAGCCUAGGACCCUCGUACCUACGGGACCGCCUCUCUUGGUAUGUCCCACAGAGGAACUUACGGUCUUCAAACAAAAACAUCUUGGCGGUCCCGAGCCAUAGGGAGGUUAGGCUGGCCUCAACCAAAGCCAGGGCUUUUUCGGCUGUGGUUACGAUCUGGUGGAACGCUAGGGCCCUGCGGGACUUGACAUCUUUCCGCAGGGCCUGCAAGACAGAGCUGUUCCACCAGGCCUUUGGCCAAGGCACAGCCUGACCCCCUCAUUUGGUAAUCCUCACAGAACUCUAGCCCAAUUGGUUGCCAUUAAUUUGAUUUGAACUGAUUUUAUAAUGAAUUGAUUUUAGAAUGCUGUAUUAUUUUACUGUUGUUAGCCGCUCUGAGCCCAGCUUCGGCUGGGGAGAGCGGGAUUUAUUAUUAUUAUUAUUAUUAUUAUUAUUAUUUGCCUUCCUCAUAGCAACUGUCAAAACUUUUAGUGGGGAAAAGACACUGGGUUUGGAUCCUUAGUCUACUGAUGCUUUGUCUCCCGUACCAAUAAAGACAAGUCUUUAUAGUUCAGUUCUUCCAGCGUACUAUUUGAAUGGUGCAAGAGAUACUUUUUUCUUUGCAAAACAACAACCACCUACUUCCCACAUCACACACAUAAAAGCUGGAUGCCUACCCUUGUCAACCCUUAUUCAAUAUUGUUCACUUUUGCAUUAGCAUAUAAAAAGCUGUAACUAUAAUCAGUAGUAAAACAACACAAAGAGUAUUAGAGGGCAUUGGUUCCCUUCUGAAUGUGAACCUACAAAUUUCUCGUGCCACUUCAAAUGUUUGCAAGUAAUAAGUAUAUCUGACCUCUGCAAGCUUUAAUAAGAUCAUAGCCCAAGAGGUUACUGCCACAGGCACACCAAUAUGCUACUAAUAAAUAAAGUAUGAGACAAAGCAUGUUCACUGAACCUUAAUAGUAUAUUAUCGCCAUGUACUGCAUAAUACAUAAAGUGCUUUCUAUACUUUUUCACUAUAAUUGAUUUACCUAUUUAUAGCCUUCUACAACCUAAGCUAUACAGAAAUUCAUAAAUUGUGAAGAUCACUGAUACUUACUUGCUUGACAUUUAUAAGCAUGUCAAUAAUACUUGGAAAUAAACUUCACAGAAAUAAAUGUGAAUAUACUUAGGAUCAGUGCUUUUUUCUGGGGGGACGCAGAGGUAUACAUACCCGUAAACAUUUUGUGAAUCUUUGUAUUUUUGUCCAUUUAAUGUAUUUAUUUCCCCCAAUUUGAACUAUAAAAUGGUGAUUUUCUUGAGUCAAAGUAAGAAUACUCCUAAACAUUAUUUUAGAAAAAAAACACUGCUUAGGAUUAAUAUGUGAAAGCCAUAAGAAUCAGUUGAAUAAUAAGCAGCAACAGCUUGGUUUUCUUGUAAGCUACCUUUGGCCACUUCCCACAAACAGCAUUAUUCUCAGGAGUUUUUUCCAGUUUGUAAUAAAUAACCCAAGUUCAGAAGCUUCUGCAUUCUUCCAUGUCCAGCAGACUGGCAAACACUCUGAAAAUUAAGUCUGUUUCCAUGCUCUAAACAAUACCCCAAGUGGGACUUUAGCUAAUGAGCAUAGGUUUUUAGAACUUCAGACUGCCAGACUAGUCCAAUGCAGUAAUGCAUCAGAGAACUAUUUAGGUGUCAUGAUUUUAGCGUAGCAAAUCCAUAGAGUGGUACCUUCGGUUACAAACUUAAUUCAUUCCGGAGGUCCAUUCCUAACCCGAAACCAUUCUUAACAUGCGCUUUCACUAAUGGGGCCUCCCGCAGCCGCCAUGCCUCCGUCACGCGAUUUCCGCUCGCAUCCCGGGGCAAAGUUCGCAAUCAGGAGCAUCCACUUCCGGGUUAGCAGAGCUCAUUACCCGAAGUGUUUGCAAGGAGAACGGUACGUAACCCAAGGUUCCACUGUACUGAGUUUGCAUGUACAGCACUGCACCAUGGCAGAUAUGGAAUAGCAAACAGAUCCCUCCAACAUCACAGAAGCUGGGUUGGGUUCAGCCAAGAUGAAGUGUAGUGAGCAAAAGCUCUGUUAACAUUUGUGACCCCAGUAUUUAUCUGCCCCUUUGCUUACAUCUCUAUCCCCAAAUCCCCAAGAACUGUGGGCAUAAGUUACUUGCAUAUCCUAAAUUACUUCCAUUUCAGGGGAUGUUCCACACAUGAAGUGAUGAAGUGUUGCCUCUUCCAUCAAGACAAAUGGGAAGUCUCUGUGCAAAAGAGAUCUCCCUGUGCACAUCAGAGAUUCAGUGUGCACAUGGACUUGUUCUGUCAGAGCCAAUGUGCACAUGGACUUGCUCAAUGAAAGUAGAGAACUCUACCUGUGAGGAAUC